CCCCACCUGUUCCCCCAUCAAAACAUUUGGAAUGCAAUUGAAUUAACUACCAACAAGUCGAUUGAACGGGUAUUAGGUGGUGGUUUUCGGAUUUUAUUCAGGGAUGGGGAAGACUACGAAAGUUGUGGUGUGCGGGAUGAAGGGCGUGGGGAAGACAGCUCUCCUGGAGCAGCUGAUUUAUGGAAAUGUCACGUUGAAAACUGAGAUUCACCCAACAAUCGAGGACAUCUACGUAGCAAACAUAGAGACAGAUCGUGGAACCAAAGAGAAGGUGAGAUUUUACGACACAGCUGGUCUGGAUGGACACCAUGCCAACACAAAUGCCCAACAACUGGCACGACAUUACCUAGGUUUUGCCGAUGGUUACGUCCUCGUCUACGACACUGCCAAACCCGAGUCACUAGACGUAUUAUUUCCAUUGAAAAAAGAUAUCGAUAAGAACAAAGAUAAGAAGGAGAUUGCAGUUGUUGUUGUUGGCAAUAGAACUAAAUUCGAUAAUGAUACCCAGAGUCUUGAGAAUACUGCGGGAAGAGCUGUCAAUUGGUGUACCAGAGAAAAAAUCAGGCACUUUGAGGUGAAUGUUAUGGAUAGGCACAGCCUAUAUGAGGCAUUUAUCUAUUUGUCCUCGAAGCUCAAUCCCAUUCAGAAUAAGAGCAGUUUUCCUCAAUUGAGUAUGGGAAGGAAAAAUGUUAAGGCUGAUGCCACAUGAUUGAUGCUUAAGGCGGAUUGUGUCAGGCAAUUCUUGGGGAAAAUAUUUCGAGGUCUGUGCUGUGAUGUGGAGAGGAGCGAGGAGACGGAGAUUUUUGAGGUCUGAUGACUUCUUUUUUAGUAUUCCUGUGAAUCUCGAGAUCGUAAAUUAAAUGGAAUUUAUGAUCUCCUCUUUUUUAUUUUUUUUUCAGGGAAUUUUUUAAGUAGUUUACAAGGCUUUGGGUAGUGAUACUGAUGGAUUGAGAUCUGGUGCUUAAUAUUUAGUGGAUUGAUUUUUUUUUAUUGGUCGAGGGGAAGAUUUUUUUCCAUUUCUUAGACUUUCCUUCGGAGGUGUUGAGUAAAACAAUUUUUAAUAAAACUAUUGAAUUAAAUUUCCCCUCUUGCUCAAAAUAUGCAUUUCUCCACAUCAUAAUAGCUGACUGAAUCUCACUCCUGUUCUCUAAAAACCGUUUGUCAAAAUGUCUCGAUAUGUAAAUAUUGUUGAAAUAUUUGUAAGCAUUAGAAAGGCAAGAUCUGAAUUUUUGCGAUAGAGAAAUGAGAAUUUCGGUGAAAAUCCAAAUUGUACUUAAGUAAUAGCAAAAUUUUCUUGAACCUCAUGUCACAACGAACAAUAUCAGUACAAAUUGCGUAUUUUUUAUGUCGAAAGUAAAGAGUUAUUUCUAUUCGUUGUAUUUUAUCUCGAAUGCAAUGUUAUAAUUCCACGAACUGAUCUAAUCUCGUUCCUUUUAACGUACUUAAAUUAGUCACUAAGAGUCGAAGUUAUCUAUACGCGAAUGAAGAAUGAUUGUAAAUCGAUGUGAAUUCGCUGUCAGGAUCCUCGAUGACAUGGAAUUGACUAAUAUUUUUUGUAAAGUAAUAUUAAAGGCAUUAUCAUUAAAUAUUCCAUUCAAUAAAUAAA